AUGUUGUCACCUGUGACUCCAUCCGAUGAGCUUUUCCAGCCAAAUACAAGCAUUGAUAUGCAAUACAUUCUCUCCUCCGACUCUUUUAAUAGUCGAAACCACAAGAAAAAGACCAAACGACCCAAGGCCGAUGGUUUUCGCUCGUGUUCUUUGUUACCGGAAUAUUUCACUCGUGUGCUUGAUUACCGUCAAAUGGACUUGGAUGCGACAUUUUAUCAAAUGGUGACACUCUGUGUCCAACCUGCAAAAGUCUACAAAAGUGCCUAUUACCGGAAACAGACCAAGAAUCGCUGGGCCAGAGACGAUCCAGCCUUUGUAGUCAUUCAGUUGAUGUUUUUGUUCAUGGCUACAUUUGCCUGGGCUCUUGCGUUUCGUGUGGACAACAUGACGCGUUAUUUCUCAUUACUAUUGCAUGCAAUUGUAAUUGAAUGGCUCAGUUUUGGUCUUUUGAUCUCAACGUGUUGGUGGUGGAUUACGAAUCAUUCGUUACGGCAGAGAAACAAUCAUGGAAUGGGGGAUGCUCUCUAUGUGGAACAACGAGUCGAGUGGCAAUUUGCUUUUGAUAUUCAUUGCAAUUCCUUUUUCAUUUUGUUUCUGUUUCUCUAUGUGAUUCAGUUUUUGCUUGCACCAAUGCUGACAUCCGAUUCGUUCGUGAUGCUGCUAGUUGGAAACCUCUUGUACUCGUUGGGUUGGGGAUUCUACACGUACAUUACAUUUUUGGGCUAUAUGGCGCUGCCUUUUCUUCACCGAACGGAGCAAUUGCUGCUGCCGCUCGUCGUAAUCCUUGCACUCUUUCUUUCCACGUUGGUGUUGCAGGCUGUUUUUGGUGUGCAGAUUAACUUUGCGCACAUAUCGACGCAUUAUUAUUAUGCUCCGUAG